UUAUUAUUAUAUUCCAAACAAACAAAUCGGCAGGGCAGGUAAGCACAGGUUUUCUUGUUAUAUAAUAAAAAAUGGGGGUUGGCGUCAUGAGAAUGAGUUGGAGCACAACAACGCUCCUCCUCUGCUCUCAAUCUCACAACCCUACUACUAUCCUCUUCCGCCGCCCACCCUCCUUUUCUUUUCGAGACACAACAAGGAGGAGACAGAGGUCUAUCCACCUCCGCGCGCGAAGAGCCGCUGCCACGGAAGCGCAAUUGGACGACGACGACCACAGCGGCAUCAUGUGGAAGCAGCUGCAGAAGGGCAUCGCCGAGUUCUACGACGAGUCCUCCACUCUCUGGGAGAACAUCUGGGGUGACCAUAUGCAUCACGGCUUCUACGACCCCGAUUCCUCUGUUUCCCUUUCCGACCACCGCCCCGCCCAGAUCCGCAUGAUCGACGAGGCCCUCCGUUUCGCUUCUCUUCCCGAGGAGCCAAAGAAUGUGGUGGAUGUUGGAUGCGGGAUCGGAGGGAGCUCCAGGUACAUAGCUUCCAAGUACGGGGCCAAAUGCAAAGGCAUCACUCUUAGCCCUGUCCAAGCCCAAAGGGCCAAUGCUCUUGCUUCAUCUCAGUCCUUGUCUCCUCAGGUGUCCUUCCAAGUUGCAGAUGCUCUGGAUCAACCCUUUGCAGAUGGGAAAUUCGAUCUCGUUUGGUCCAUGGAGAGCGGCGAGCACAUGCCUGACAAAUCUAAGUUCGUGAGUGAGUUGGCUAGAGUAGCAGCCCCCGGAGGCACUAUAAUAAUAGUGACAUGGUGCCACCGGGACCUCAAGCCGGGCGAAGAAUCCCUGCAGCCGUGGGAGCAAACUCUGCUCAACAAGAUAUGCGACGCCUUUUAUCUUCCCGCUUGGUGUUCCACCGCUGAUUAUGUCCGCUUGAUGGAGUCUCUCUCGCUUCAGGACAUCAAGGCAGCAGAUUGGUCUCAGUAUGUUGCUCCCUUUUGGCCGGCCGUCAUACGCUCCGCUCUCACAUGGAAGGGCCUCACCUCUCUUUUGCGCGCCGGACGGAAGACAAUAAGAGGAGCCUUGGCAAUGCCGUUGAUGAUAGAAGGAUACAAGAAGGACCUAAUUAAGUUUGCCAUUAUUACAUGCCGAAAGCCUCAUCAAUAAAGCCUCUUCAAGAGUGGAGUUGGGCAAGUAGUAUUACAUCUUAGUGAUUUUUUAUCUUCAAUCAUAGGCAAACAUGAUUUGUUUGUAAUUUCCAGAAGGGCUUAUGAGUUUGUGAUGUUCAGAUAUGAAUAAUAAGACUAAUGUCCCAUCAUUAAUUUCCAUGAUGCACAUUUUUAGCC